UAAUAAUAUUUUAGUAGUAAUAACAAAGGCCAAAACCUUAAACCAGCGCUGUAGGUAGGUACCUAUCUAGAUAGUAAAUGACUAUUUAAUUCUAAACUAUUUAGGCAUUACUUAUUAUAUUGUUAUUAUUUAGUGUAUUGAAUUACCAAAUAAACAUAGAGUUUAGUUAACUUAAUUAUUAUUACGAGGUAUCACGAUGUUGUCGAUUUCGUUGUUUCGUUGAAUUUGAAUUUCUACGACUUUCUGCAGUGGACAGUGUAAAAGAAGACGUUUUGAAUAGCUCGCUAAACAAACGGCCUUGCAACUCGACUACAAGAGGUACGCGAUUACGACAAUCCUCUCCGAACGUGAAUUUCGUCUCAAAUUAAGGGCGACAGUAUGGAGGAGUUCAAGACAAGAGUUAAGAACGAAGGCGAUAUGGAUGCAUGGGAAUUGUCAGAAGCAUACGACGAUUAUGUUGGAUUCAUAAUAGCCAUGAACAAGUCUGUGUAUGCCAUACCAUUGAACAAAACUUUGACGUUGUCAAAUGAGGUUUCACAGUUAUUAAGUGUAUUAAACACAAUUGAUGAUUGGAUUACGGAAGUGGAACCAUUGAAAGAGAGCUGUAGGUUUGGAAAUAAAGCUUUUUCUACAUUUUACAAUUUAUUAAAAAUGAGAUUACCCGAAAUAUUGUCAAAGGAACUGUCAUCAGUUGACCAACAAAACAUUAUUGAGCUAACCGCUUAUAUUGUUGACAGCUUUGGUAAUCCAACUCGUAUCGAUUAUGGCACUGGACAUGAAAUGUCAUUUUGUAUGUUCUUGUGUGGCCUAUACAAAGUAGACAUAUUGAAACAAAGUGACAGUAAAGCUACAGUCAAUGUACUGUUUUCAAGAUAUUUAGAAAUAGUUCGUAGACUUCAACUCAGGUAUCAAAUGGAACCAGCUGGAAGCCACGGUGCUUGGAGUUUAGAUGACUACCAGUUUGUACCUUUUGUUUGGGGUAGUGCACAACUAAUCGAAAACCCAGAUUUUAAUCCAAAUUUGUUUGUUGACGAAAAAUGUGUACAACAGUUCAAAUCAAAGUAUAUGUUCCUCGGAUGCAUUGAUUUCAUAAUGCAAGUAAAAAAAGGAUUGUUUCAUGAACAUUCUAACCAACUUUGGAAUAUUAGCGGUGUUCAAAGUUGGAAUAAAAUCAACGAAGGUCUAAUAAAAAUGUAUAAAAAAGAGGUCCUGGGAAAAUUUCCAAUCAUUCAACAUGUACCUUUUGGAAAUUUAUUUAAUUUUAAACAAUGCAUAAAAAAAAAACCGUUUGCCACAACUUCAGUGAUGAAAACUCCCGCACUGUCACUAUUGGAAAAAUUAAAGAAAACUGACCAAUCAGUGCCAAACAGUAAAUAAGUAAAUUGUUGUCACAUUUGUUUAACUUAUACAAAUGUGUUUAUACUUGAUGUGAAUUAAUUAUAAUCAGCUAUAUCUUAAACGUUUUCUACAAGUUCAAUAAAAUUACAAACUUAAUAUUACAAGA